UUCGACUCGGCUACGCCCGCUUCCUUGACAAAUCUCAAGAGACAGCCUUUUAAGCUCACAAUAACAUUGAUUUGAGAUAUUCUACUGUGUGUCUCUGCAAAACAAGACAGUGCGCAUCGAAAGCGUGAAAAAAAAAUUCUGUACACAGCACAAAUCGAAAGGAAAUAUCAACCAGCUCAAUAAUGUCAGGUCACUACGUUGGACAAACCUGUGAGUGUCAGUUCGAAUUUCCUGGGUUAUCUGACGUCAACAAACUUCGCGUGAUGCUCAAGAGGCCUGGGACUAAUACAGAAGAGCCAUUAGACGUUACCAAAGGUGCCGGUGAAUCUGUUUUAGUCGCGUUCACCCCCAAUGAUCCUGGAGAGCAUCAACUAAGUAUGUUGGUUUCUGGACGUCAUGUCAGCGGUAGUCCAUUCCAAAUCCCCGUGGACGAAAAGCCGGCAUCUACUGCCACAGGAAACCCACUGUCCUUAGCUUUAGAAUUGCCUGGUGUUAAUCUUCCAUUAGAUUUACCACACCUCACAGCGAAGUUACAGCGACCAGGUGAGGUGACACCCAAAGAUGAUCUGAAACUUGAUUUACUGCCGGAUAACACCGUGUCCCUGACGUUCAUUCCGCUGGUUUCGGGAGAACAUCUUGUCUAUAUAUACAAGAAUGGCAGAGAAGUAUCUGGAAGUCCUUUUGCUGUACGGGCUGAAGGCCCUACACCUCCGGAUCCCUCUAAAGUCAAAGUCAUUGGAGAUGGCUGCAAACAUGGCAUUUCAGGCCAGUUGAGUAAAUUCACGAUCGACGCCCGCGAUGCUGGUGCUGGUGGUCUGGGUUUCUCCGUGGAAGGACCAAGCAAGGCAGAACUCAACUGUAUUUCCAAAGAAGAUGGGACAUGCCAAGUCGAGUUUCUGCCCAAGGAGCCAGGCGUUUACACCAUACACAUCAAGUUUGCAGAUCAACAUAUUCCUGGUAGCCCGUUUACCUGUGUAGUCGCUGGAGAAGAUGGCUCACUACCUGAGGAGAUUCCACCACCGCGUGUAAAAUCAGCCCCAGCAGACAUCAGUCGUCGGGAAUUCAUGGUAGAGAGCUCGCUUCCAGCGUCCCGGCACAAUCCACCACCGGCACAACGACCUCAUGGUCUAGAGGUCGACCUUACUGGCUACGAUAUCAGCAAGCUGAAAGCGAAUGUCGAAACCCCCACGGGAAAAGUCGAAGACGCGGAAAUCGUGAAGAAAUCGCAUGAGAUGUACACGAUAACAUUCGUAACACAAAACGGAGGCACGCAUAAAGUGAACGUGUUGUAUAAUCGUAAACACAUUCCAGGCAGCCCGUUUUUGGUCGAUGUAGACAACGCAAGUUGGCAGCUUACGAGUAAGGUCAAGGUGACAGGGCCCAAGGAGGUCACUGGGGCUGUGGGGAAGCCAUGCGAGUAUAUCCUCUCUACAAAGGAUUCGGGAGGAGGCAAACUUGGCGUCUCUGUUGAAGGCCCAGUUCCGACCGACAUUUAUUGCGAUCCUGUCGGAAAUGACGAAUACAAAGUCCAUUUCACGCCAACCACACCCGGUACUUAUGUUGUGUAUAUGCGUUUUAAUGAUCAAGAUGUAUUCAAAUCGGUCGUGUUUGUCCCGGGCCAACCGAACCCUGUCCACGCGACUGAGUUGUCUUCUUCAAAUGUGAAGGCUGGACAGAAGUUUACGUUGGAGGUUCCCUACACAGGUGCUGCUGACGAGUUGACGUCACACGUUAUAACCCCUGCGGGCGCAAAGAUUCCGGCACAAGUUGCAAAAAUUGACAACGAUACGUAUGGUAUUAGCUUCAUCCCCGAGGAACCUGGAGACUAUAUCAUUCAUAUUUUACUGAAAGGCGUUCCUUUGGCGGGUAGCCCCUACAAGUUAAAGGUCGGCGGCCAUACGGUAGAUCCCAGUAAGAUCCGUGUUUAUGGGCCUGGUCUAAAGAGUGCAACUGCUGGCCAGGAAACAAGCUUCACCGUCGACGCGAAAGAUGCCGGACCGGGCACGCUGUCCAUAGAUGCUGAAGGCCCAGAUAAAUUGGAUGUUCGCUGUGAGCAACAGAGUGAGGGGUUGUAUCUUGUGUCCUACACGCCAAAGGUGAACGGCGAUUAUAAAGUAAAUAUUGGUUUUGGAGGCGUGGAUGUGCCUAACAGUCCAUUUAAAAUCAAUGUCGCACCAGACCCCAACUCGACAAAUGCUCAGCUAUGCACAUCACGUGGUUCAGGUCUAUACGGCGGUGUUCAAGGUCAGCCCAGUCCUUUCAUGGUCAACUGCAGCAAAGCCGGACGUGGGUCUUUACUCGUGGGGGUCGAAGGGCCAAGCAUUCCAGUGAACGAGAUAAAUAUCAAGCAUGAUGGUGAUAAUGUAUUCCUUGUUGAUUAUAGCUUGGAAGAGCCGGGCGAUUAUAUACUGAAAGUGUUAUGGGGUGAUGCACAUAUUCAAGGUUCUCCAUUUCCGGUCAGGGUUGAGAGGUCUGACGGCAUUCACGUUGGACGAUAGAAGACUAAAGAAAAUACACUGAACUCCAUUUACCACAACUUUUUUUAAAUUGUCGUUUAGCAUUGUGGAACAGGAAACGCAUGUAUUGUGUAGGAUUUACAGAGCAAUUAAAGAAACGUGACUAGGUUGCUAUAACCAUUUAAGGGUUAUCUAAAGUUGCACGGAGAUUAUAUAGGAUUUUUAUAGAUGAAUUCGUUUUGUAAAUUUUAUAUUUUAUUUU